CGGUAUUUUUUAAAAAAAAAUUUGUAGUCAAAAGUUAUAUAGUAAUUGGUGGAUAGUGAUAGCACCGUGCUGUUAGUCGAAAAACUUUAAUUAGUGAUAGCAACACCGUUUCCAAAAGAUCUUUUUAUUUUUCGCUUGCGCAUGUGAAUUAUGGUUGUAAAUGAAGUUUCAUGUAUAUUUCAUUACAUGACAUGAAAAAUAUUACAAAUUUUUAAAGUAUCGAUAAGCUAUUAAUGAAAGUUUAUCUGUUAGUUGGAAUGUUAGGUAGUAUCUCAGUUACUAACUAAAGGCGUGUUUGGUUCAGAAUAGAAAUCGAAAUUAAAACGGUGACUACGGCGCGACGUCGACAAAAAAUGGCGGCCGCCGGCGGCAACCGAGCGCCGCACAUCGUCCUCCUGCCGAGCGCCGGCAUGGGCCACCUGAUCCCCUUCUCCCGCCUCGCCGCCGCGCUCUCGGCCCUCGGCUGCGACGUCUCCUUCGUGAUCGUCCACCCCACCGUCUCCGCCGCCGAGACCCGCCACGUCUCCGACCUCCUCGCCGCCUUCCCCGCCAUCCGUCCCCUCCCCUUCCACCUCCCCCCGCUCAAUUCCUCCGUCCACGUCGAUCCUUUCUUCCUCCAAUUCGAGGCCAUCCGUCUCUCCGCGCCGCAGCUCAUAACUUGUGUGCUGAAUUCUUCUUCUUCUUCUUCUCAUUCUUCUAAUUCCUCGUCCCCGCCCGUCUCCGCCCUCGUUAUAGACAUCAGCUUAGCCUCCGCAUUCAUUCCGGUCGCCGCCGAAUUCCGCCUCCCUUCCUACAUUCUCUUCACCUCCUCCGCCGCCAUGCUCUCGCUCUGCGCCUACUUUCCCACGUACGCCGACACCGCCGCCGGCGUCAUCGGCGACAUCGACAUACCGGGCGUGCAAACUCUGCCGAGAUCUUGGCUGCCGCAGGCUCUUCAUAACCCCGGCCACCUCUUCACGACGCAAUUCGUCGAGAACGGCCGGGCGCUCGGAAAGGCCGACGGCAUCGUCGUCAACACGUUCGACGCCAUCGAGCGCGAAGCUCUCGCCGCGCUGAACGCGGGAAAAGUGGCGCCCGGGCUCCCCCCCGCGAUCGCCGUCGGGCCGCUGCUGCCGCCGCCGCUGACGCUGAGGCUGCGCGAGGGACCGCGCGCUUCGCCGCCGCUGUCGUGGCUCGACGCGCAGCCGCCGCGGUCGGUGGUCUACGUCAGCUUCGGGAGCCGCACGGCGAUGCCGAGCGCUCAGAUGAGAGAAUUGGCGAUCGGAUUGGAGAUGAGCGGGUGCAAGUUCCUGUGGGUGGUAAAGAGCAGGGUGGUGGAUCGAGACGAAGACGAAGACGAAGACGAAGAAGAUAAUAGCGAGCUACGCGAGGUGUUGGAGAGGGUGAAGGGGAGGGGAAUGGUGGUGAAGGGGUGGGUGGAACAAGCGGAGGUGCUGGGCCGCGAGAGCGUCGGCGGCUUCAUAAGCCACUGCGGAUGGAAUUCGGUGAUGGAGGCGGCGGUGAGCGGAACGCCGGUGUUGGCGUGGCCGAGGCACGGGGAUCAGAGGGUGAACGCGGAGGUUGUGCGGAGAUGCGGGCUCGGAAUUUGGGAGGAGGAGUGGAGUUGGGAGGGCGAGAAUGGGGUGGGGGUGGUGGUGGUGAAGGGGGAGGAGAUCGCGAGAUGCGUGAGGCGGCUGAUGGACGACGAAGGGGUCCGGGCGUCGGCCGCCAGGGUCGGGGUGNCCGCCGCCGCGGAAAAGGAUUGCGUGUUUGGGUUGCCAGAGUUCGUUAGGAAGUUGAAGGUUUGAAGUUGCUACAAUUUUCAGGUAUGCAUUUCUGUGCAGGGGGGAUGGUUGAUCUUCUGCGGCUGCUUGCUGCUGCUGCUGCUGCUGCUGCUGCCACUAGUUUUAUUGUUGCAGAUGUGUGUGUGCGUGUGGAAGUUAAAAUAAGUUAGUUUGUUACCUUGCUCCAAAACAAAACUCGAUCUUGUUCUAAUUUGAUAGUUUUUUCCUAGUGUAUUUUGAAAUUAAAUUUCCGUUGCCUAAGGAUCCUAUAUUUUUGUUUAGGGAGAUACUAAGGGUUUGUUUGGUUUAACGGUGGAAUUGGAAUGAAUAAUGAAAUGGGAAUGAAUUGGAAUAGUAA